AUGAGAGACUUCUACUGCUUUAGAAUACAACAAAGACUUAACGAGGGUAAGACACUCUUGCUUGCCGGUAGACUAUUACAACAAUACAUUGUUGACGGUUACCUGGCAAUCGAGGAAGAAAGAUUUCAUUAUAUUUGGAAUAAUCAACCAAAACUCAGAGCUGAUCUUUACUCUGGCUUAAUGGAUGCCAUUCUUCGUGGUGAUUCAGAUUGUUCUUUGGUAGGAAAGAAAGUUAUCUUACCUUCAUCUCACACCGGAGGACCUCGCUAUCGGGCACAAAAUUAUCAAGAUGCAAUGGCAAUUUGCAGGUGGGCUGGAUAUCCAGAUUUGUUCCUCACUUUCACAUGCAAUCCAAAGUGGCCCGAAAUAAAUGAAAUGCUUCGCUUAAUAGAACAAUCUGGUGAUGAUAACAGGGUGGACAUUAUAUGUAGAGUGUUCCAAAUCAAGUUAUUUCAAUUAAUGCAAGAUCUGAAAAAGCAACUACCUUUUGGAAAAAUAAUUGCAUAUAACAGAUAUGUCGUCCCGUAUAACAGGAAUUUGAUUGUCAAAUUUGAUGCACAUAUAAAUGUCGAGUUGUGCAAUUACUCGAGAUCAGUGAAGUACCUAUUUAAAUAUAUGAAUAAGGGAUCUGAUAGAGCAACAAUUGGUAUAGAAUGCUCAAAUACUCCCACAGAACGUGAUGCGAUCAAAAGAUAUCUAGAUUGUAGAUACAUAUCAGCUACAGAAGCUUGCUGGAGGAUCUUUUCGUUUGACAUACAUCAUAGACAGCCAGCAGUUGAGCGUUUGCCAUUCCAUUUACAAGGAGAAAACACCAUAGUAUUCUAA